AUGGAAAAGCACAACCUAACCCAGGUGACUGAGUUCAUUCUGACGGGAGUCACGGAGCGCCCUGAGCUGCAGGCUCCAUUAUUUGUCCUGCUUCUCACCAUCUAUGUGAUCUCAGUGGUGGGCAACCUGGGCAUGAUCAUCCUCACCAAGGUGGACUCCAGGCUCCAAACACCCAUGUACUUUUUUCUCAGACACUUGGCUCUCACUGAUCUUGGUUAUUCCACGACCGUGGGACCUAAAAUGCUGGUAAACUUUGUUGCAGAUCAGAAUACAAUUUCCUAUCAUUUCUGUGCUGUCCAGCUGGCGUUCUUUCUUCUGUUCAUCAUCAGCGAACUUUUUAUUCUCUCAGCCAUGUCAUACGACCGCUACGUGGCCAUCUGUGACCCUCUCCUGUACACUGUUAUCAUGUCACAUAGGGGUGCCAUGCUGGUGGCAGUCCCCUAUCUCUACUGCACAUUUGUGUCUCUUCUGGUGACCAUCAAGAUUUUUACUUUACCCUUCUGUGGCUACAAUGUUAUCAGUCAUUUCUACUGUGGCAGUCUCCCCUUAUUAUCUUUGAUCUGCUCAAAUACACAUGAAAUUGAAUUGAUAAUUCUGAUCUUAGCAGCUUUUGAUUUGAUUUCAUCCCUUCUUAUAGUUCUCGUGUCUUACCUGCUCAUCCUCACAGCGGUUCUCAGGAUGAACUCUGCCGAGAGCAGGCACAAGGCUUUCUCCACGUGUGGCUCCCAUCUGACAGUGGUCAUAGUCUUCUAUGGGACUUUGAUAUUCAUGUAUGUGCAGCCCAAGUCUAGUCACUCCGUAGACACUGAUAAAGUGGCUUCCUUAAUUUACACUCUCGUUAUCCCCAUGUUGAACCCCUUGAUCUACAGCUUGAGGAACAAAGACGUAAAAUAUGCCCUGCAGAGGAUGUGGAAUACCGUAUGUAACAUAUUGCAUUAA